AUGUCAACUCUUUUUCUUAGUAUUUUACUACUAAUCUCUUUAUCAGCUAUAGAGGCUGAUAAUGGCAACACCUCACCGAUUCCGGCCUCGAAAUUCCUACACAAACAAGCGGAAAAGCUCAUCACGGACCUCAACUUGUUCCCUAAACUCGAUGCCAACAUUGUAGAGGACGAUCCUGCAGCAACCAAUGCUUCAAGAAUUGUCGAAAAACGCAUUCAAUUUCCUCACAUUGCUGCUAACUCCACCACAGUUGCAGAUUUCGGACACCAUGCUGGCUAUUACAGACUUGCUAGCACCAAAGGUGCAAGGAUGUUCUACUAUUUCUUCGAAUCAAGAAGCAAGAACGCGAGCGCCCCUGUGGUGGUAUGGCUAACGGGAGGGCCGGGAUGCAGCAGCUCGCUGGCAUUGUUUUUCGAGAAUGGACCUUUUCACUUGACAAAAGACAACACACUUGCGUUGAAUGAGUUCGGUUGGGAUCAAGAAUCAAACCUGAUAUAUAUAGACCAGCCAACAGGGACAGGUUUCAGUUACUCAACUUCCACAGACGAUCUUCGACACAGCUCGGAAGAAGCCUCUGUCGAUUUCUCUGACUUCCUGCAGGCUUUCUUCGAGAAACAUGGGGAGCUCGCGAAGAACGACUUCUACAUCACGGGAGAGUCUUAUGCUGGGCAUUACAUUCCUGCAUUUGCUGCUCAGAUUCAUCAGAGAAACAAAAAUAGAAAAGGGAUUCAUAUAAACCUCAAAGGAUUAGCCAUUGGGAAUGGAAUGACGAAUCCGGAGAUUCAAUACAAAUCAUAUCGUGAUUACGCGUUAAACAUGAAACUGAUCAACAGGGUUCAAUACUACCGCCUCAUUGUAGCAGAGAGAUUUUGUGAAACUAAUAUAAGAGCUUGUGGCGCAAACAGUACAUCCUUAGUUUGUGCGGAGGCCUACGUAAUCUGCAUCGGCCUCUUCCGUAGAAUCAUUGCCUCCAAACCAGGCAUAAAUCACUAUGACAUCCGAAAAAACUGCACCGGCUCUCUCUGCUACGACUUCUCAAGCGUGGAGAGAUUCCUGAACGACAAUGCGGUUCAAAAUGCCUUGGGUGUGCGAGAUAUAAGAUUCAUCUCGUGCAGCACCAAAGUGUAUGAAUACAUGUAUCCAGAGAUUAUGAAGAAUUUCGAUGCCGGGCUUCCAGCAUUGCUGCAAGAUGGGAUCAAGCUGCUCGUAUACGCUGGGGAAUACGAUCUCAUCUGCAACUGGCUGGGUAACUUGAGAUGGGUGGAAAACAUGCGUUGGUCGGGCCGGAGAAGGUUCGUGUCGGCUAAAUUAGUCCCGUUUAAGGUCGGAGGCGUGGAGGCAGGUGGGAUGAAGAGCCAUGGAGGUCUGAGUUUCUUGAAGGUGUAUAAUGCAGGUCACAUGGUUCCAAUGGAUCAGCCAAAAGCGUCGUUGGAGAUGCUGAGGAGAUGGAUGCAGGGCCAGUUUCGGUGAACAAAGUUACGUAAA